CACAAUAUUACACAUGAUCAGAUACUAAUAAAAUACACAUUGUUUUUGUUGAUUGGCAUUGGGCUCUGGCUCUUACACAGACAGCAACAUUUGAACUCUGUGGACCAACUUUGAUUAUCACUCCAAUAAUCGACAUCUUUCUUCUUUUCUUCACUUUCCCUCAAUCUUAACAAAACUUUCUAAACAAAUAAGUUACAUAAUAAAGUAAUAUUCUAUAAUCAUAUUUCCUUCAUCUAUCUCAACAUAACUAAAUAAGUAGUUAUAGCGACGUAUACAUACGUACUUACGCAUGUAUGGUAUAUGCAUGCGAGUCAUGAAACAAUUCUAAAAGGGGAUCAUCUUUUUUAUGCCAAAUUCUUAGCGAAAAGAGUCCCCAGUCUUAAUCAGGCCAGACUGGGAAAAAGGGUCACUAAUACUCACUAUUCCCUUCCCCAGUAUUCCUUGUGUUCACCCUCCCGAAACAAGCGUCCAAGGUUUAUUAUAUUCAAACAACACUCAGGGGUGCCACUGUUCGCGAGACAAGGGUAGGAUCCAUUAUGGACGGGGGACACGGUGAAUCUGGGAGAAUGGUCGACAACCGCAAAUCACCUAAUACUAUUCCUACUAUUGCUCCUACCACUACCUCCUUCGAACACCAUGACUCUCCCGUCACCUCGUUAAAUUCAUCAAACCGUCUUGAAUCACUAUCUGAUUACGACAACCCAUCGCUAUCCGAUUUGCAGCACCAACGGCAGCCUUCUGCCCCAACUUUCUCACCCUCGAGCGCUGGGACGCUGCCGCAAACACCCAAGAGAAGUCACGUCAGGCAACAGUCCCAAGGAAUGCCACUGACCGGCGAUGGACGGAAAACACGACGCCGGGAAAACUCUCCCGGAGAAUACGGCAGUUGGUUAAAUCAGGCAGCCGCAUCACCUCCCCUCGACGGACGCUUGUCCCUGGAUGCCACACCUAGUACCAAACGAGGCGUCUCGACGGCUGAAAGUACCCCUAAGAGCGCAACCCCCUCUCGCUUCGGGUUCUUAUCGUGGAGUUCGCGCCGCACCAGCAACCAGCCAACCCAAAUCACCCCAGAGCAGCAGGAGGCCCUCGAUGACGAGCUAUGCACCAUGGACAUCGAAGCCGCCCUCUACCCGUCGUCGUCGUCGUCAUCACCACCGGAUCGCGAUACGUUCUCGCCCGCGGCAUACAAGAACCUACAGAUGAACGCGGCGGGAGUCUUACACCGUAUGCAAGAAGCGUUCGAGCGCCGAACGGCUACGCUUCGGGAGAUACAGGCAGAGCGGGAGGCGCAGCGCGAAGAGGCGGAGGAGACGGAGCUGCGGAUCCGGCACUUCAAGACACAACUAGAAAGUAUGGCGGAAAAGGCCGCGAAGCAGGAGACGGACAUGCGGCGCCUGGUUGCGGACCUGCAGGCCGAGAAGCAGGCGCGCUUGGAGGAGAAAAUCUGCCACGAGAAAAUGCUUGCCGCCGCUACUGCCACCGGUACGGCUACCGCUAGUGAAGGGUCGGUGGUGACGGAGGACCUGUGCGUGGGCGAAGACGAGGAAAGGGAAAGAGACGGAAGAAGAAGAAGCGGGGAAGGGGAGAGGAGGCUGACGCAGUGGCGCAAGAGCAGUGGCACGGUGCGCUCGGAUGUGAGCGCGGCUACUACGGAUAGCACCCGCGCGAGCGUCGAGUCCGAGAGCAUAUUCUCCCGCAGCCGCAGCCCGACCACAAUGACGGCCUGCACGGCCGAUUAUGGCCCCCCCGAGAACCCGGAAGUCUUGCUAUUGUCGCCCCCACCACCACCACCAGCUCGGGCGUCCACGUCCGCCACCCUCCCCUCACAGCAGAUCAAGCCGCAGCAGCGACGGCCCGCACCUCAGCUCACCACAUUUCAAAAACUAGUCAAGGGCAUCUCGGGCGGAGACAACGCGGCGGCGAGGGCUAAGAACAGCGUGGACGGGUGUACGAAUUGCCGGGGCCAGGCCGCGAGCGUGGCCUGGGACACGGUGAGCCUCCUCCGCGACGAGAACAAGGGUCUCAAGCAACGCGUCGUCGAGCUAGAGGUCGUAGUCGAGGGCGCGCUGGACGUGGUGAAUGGGAUUGGGAUCAGGUGAAUCGAAGAACCCACCUAUUACAGAAGACUACUACCGAUACUCCUUUUCUUUCCUUUCUUUCUUCUUUUCUUCUUCUUUUUUAAAUAAAAAGGAAGAAGGAAAAGAAAAGAAAAUCCUUGCCAAAAAAAAUUUACAAGACAGGGUUAGAGAUGGGGGCGUACGGACAAACAUUAUUACUUUUCAACAGCUUUUUGGGUACAAAAAAAUCAGCGGGACUAUUUUUUUUUAUUGCUGCGCAGGACGGAAAUGAGCAUAACUUAGGUAGAUAUCAUGGGGCGAGCAUUACGGUUCUCUUGCAUAUGUGUGCUUAUUUUUUAUUAAAAAAGAAGGGGGGGAGAGAGAGAAGUAAAGGGGCCUGUUUGCUUGCCUAGGAGAUCGUGGCCCUCUUUGUUGCAUGGGAUAGGAUGGUGGGAUGAGGCAGGCUAGAGCUGGAAAUACCCAUUUUGUCCAUUGUCCAUCGUUCAUUGCCCAUGCCAUGCCAUGCCAUGUUGUCACUUAGAAUAGUAUUUAUACAUAUUACUGUAGCGCCGUUUAUAUGAAACGGACAAGCAGACAGACUGGCAGAGAGACUUGAGUCGAGUCUGACGACAAGACAAGACAAGCCUUUCUUAGCAGACCAGCCAGCUAGCUACAUAGUCAAUUCCAGAUCAUAAGCGGCG